AUGACGAUGGAUAUGAAAAAGUGGACGUUGCAACAAGUAACGAAUUGUGCGGCCAUCGUAUGCGCCGUCUUAAUUCUGUCAAGCUGGCUGCUAGCAACUAAGUUAUUGCUGGAGCUGAAUGAAUUUCACGAUGAGGUGUUGAUCGAAAUGAAAACAUUCAAGGUGGUCACAGAUCAAAGUUGGGAUGGAAUAGUGGAGAUUGAACGAAAGAUUCUAUGGAUGGAUGCAGCAGAAAAUGAGGAAACUGUUUUCAGAUCAAAACGUUUCAGUAGAAUGUAUGCACGACAACAGCCAGAAUGCAAUUGUGCAUUCAGGUCGCGAAAAUGCGCUCGAGGUCCGGCAGGCCCUCAGGGAGAGCCUGGUUUAGACGGAGAAUUAGGGGAACCAGGCCGCAACGGUCGAUCAGGUAUACCUAGCUUGCGCCGUAAAAUUGAUCGUCCAAAACCGGUCAGCACUUGCAUUCAAUGUCCUGCGGGUCUUCCGGGUCCGCUAGGACAAGCUGGUGCCAUCGGUUCACGGGGUGUUCCCGGUAAGCAAGGUCUUUGCUUCUCCGAGCAAUAUCAAGGCCUAUCGGGUGCACAAGGUGAUCCUGGUCCACCAGGUGAAAUCGGGGAAAUGGGACCAGUCGGUGUCGCAGGCGGAAACUUCUUCAAAAUUUCAAUCGUUCCCGGUCGGAAAGGAUCACCAGGCCCUCAAGGACGUCCCGGGGAAGCUGGACCGCCCGGCGAAGAUAAUGAUAAUGCGAUUAGCGAAGCUGGUACGGUAGGUCCAAUGGGACCACCCGGCGAACCUGGUCAGCCUGGCUUAGAUGGGCCACUUGGCCAGGCCGGCGAUUCGGGACUACCGGGUUCGGACGCUCAGUACUGUGGUUGCCCAUCUCGGUCAGUGUUCUUGCCUUUCUAUAAGACAUCUGCCGCAGUGUUCAUGCCAUCCAGCGCAUUUCGUGGAUUAUCAGAAGCGGAGUCCGAAUCGGAUACUUUUUCUGGUUCUGGAUUUGAAGUUUCACUCGAUGAAUCAUACUGA